GCCAGGCGCCACGACGCGACGCAUAAGAGUGAAAUUUUCUACGCUAUUUCUUCACCUUGGCAUAAUAUAUUUCGUUCUGUAAGAAGUGUAAACGUGGUAGUGUUUUUAUGAAAGGUGUAAUUUAAAUUCAAGGAUGCUUCCAUUUAGACCCGUUGUUUAAUAAAUCUAUAUCAAAAUUACCGCAGAGACAAAGAGGAAAUAUUUUGCUAUAUUUAUUCAAGUCAAUUAUUAAGACAGUAACUAAAAUUUUUCUUGGAAAGAAGUGAACGCUUAAAUUUCAAAGAUGAUCGUUACUUAUAUUAACGUAACGAAUACAGCAUGUCCAACUCCCUGGGUGUAUAUUUAGAAAUAAUUCAUAAAGGAUAAGGCAGAAAUCACUGAAUAGAAUAACGUCGAUGUGUUUGAAGGAGGUGAAUUGAACUGUCAGUUGUUGAUUGAUGUAUCUGUAUUUCUAGGAGAUACUUUUAUAUGGAGAAUGUGUGUGGGAGCAGAAGGAGAACAACCCGACUGACAAAUGGCGUGCAAUUUGUCAGGGAAUAAGGGCACUCAUUUAUUGUACGUCUCAGCGCAAUACUUCCGAAAGUAGUCAUUUGUUUCAUUGUGAUUGCAAAACAUUCCUCGUAACUGUACUACUUCUAACAAAGAAGAUACAGCGGGAAUUUUCCUCGAAGCUUUCUAGCAGAUGGACGGAACUGUGUAAAUUCUAUUCGAGUAUUUCGAUUGCAUAGAGAAUACAAAUAAAAAUGAGAGAAAAUAAUAUUCUUAUUAUCUUUGAUGUGUUUAAAAUUGUCAUCUAGAAAAUUAAUUGAGUCUAGCAACUCGGUUAGAAAAUACACUUCAAGGAGAACAGAAAGUUUCUUGCAGGUGAGUGGUACUAUAUUUGUGGGGCACCUUGUGCUUGUGAUGUCCGACGUCAGGACAUGUUCCCAGGAGACCGCCUGCAUGACGACAAGCAAGACUUCUUCUCAGUCGGUUGCGAGGAGCAAGAAAAAUUUUCAGAGGACCAAGACGUGUCUGUUUUCCAGAAAAGUUUGUUCUCUAGAAUUCAGCAACUUGACGUCAUUCAGCGUCAGAGAGUAUUAUCCUCAAGGGAUCAUGCCACUCAGAAUCUUGCUCAAGAACUGUUCGGGAGUAGUGUCACUCAGCAAAAUCUUCAUGAAUUGCUCACAGGAGGUAGUUCCUCCCAAGAAACAUUCCGAACAGAACAGGACACCAACCUCGACUUGUUUCCAGGAGGCCGUAAUUACAAACAUCAAGGUGUGUUUCCAGAAGACAGUGUCGCCAACUUACAGGAUGAAAAUGUAUUUUCAGAAGAUUAUAAUACUCAGCAGACUGCACUUUCCGAAACGUGUGUUAACAAACCGUUUGACGAAGUGACGGUUGCGGGAUGCAGGCACGAUCAAAGCAGUGUUGAAGACAACAUUUCAGGAGCUCGCGACAAGCAAAAUACGUCCUCAACUGUCAAUGUUACACGGCGUGUGGGGCAGAAUGAUCUAACUGGAAGUCUUGCUGAUCAGCAGUGCGUUUUCUCUGAAGGCCAUGCAACCAGACAAGGUGUGAUUUCGGGAGAGCGUAUUCUUGAGCAAGGAGUGUUCACCGAAGGCCGUCUUAGCCAGAGACUCGACAUCCGAACGGCCCCUCGCCAACUGGAUAUGGAGCUCGACCUUGACUAUUUGGAGCGCCGGAGAGAACAUGCACGAGACGCCCGCGGCCCACCACCGGAAACGGAAGCGAGUCCAGACUCGAUGGAUCUGGUGAAAGUAAUACUGCUGGGGGCCCCUGCCGUAGGCAAGACUUCAAUCAUACAGCAGUUCGUGUGGAACAACUUCUCGGAGGAUUACAUCCCAACAGACCGGAAACACACAUACUACCCUUCUGUGAUCAUCAAUGAGCACUUAUACGAGCUGAAGAUCUCCGAUAUCCCAGUGAUUCCUUAUUUCCCAGUCAACUCCUUCUACGAAUGGACAGACUAUCGCUUCUACGGCCUGCGAAGUGCUACUGCCUACGUAUUGGUGUUCGACCUGUCUAACGCAGACACGUUCCAGUACAUCCGGACCCUGCGUGACCAGAUGCUAGAGAGCAGGGAUAUGAGAAACGUCCCGCUCGUUGUAGUCGGCAACAAGCAGGAUCUACUUGUGUCUUCCGUCGCCACUGGCGGAGCUUCUGGGGGAAAUGGCGCUGCGGGAGGAACUGGCACUUCUGGUUCCGGUGGAGCCACGGCAGCAAUUGCCGGAACCAGCAGUGGCGGUGCCGCUGGCAGAGAUGUGGAGUAUCGAGAGAAGAGGCGUGAUAUAGUGAACUUGGUAAAAAAACAUUGGAAAUGCACGUAUGUGGAGUGUAGUGCGAAAUAUAACUGGCGGGUAGUAGCUGUCUUCAAGGAGCUUAUGAAGGCAGUGGACUCUUUAGAAACCGGACAGGCUAGCAAAGAAGUAUGCUCUCCCAUGAUGGACAAUUUGCACGAGGCCCUAGAUAGGAAUAAGUGCAACAUACUCUGAUUAUUCUGAGAUUUUUAUUCUCUUGCAAAAUGGCAUACACUGCACUAGCCAUUUUACAGAAUGGCUCAUAUAUUUUAAGGCCUAGACAGGAUCAUAGAUCCAAAGCGAUUGUGAUAGAACUCUCUAAUGUAAUUUUUACUCAGACUCUAGAUAUGCGAAAAAUAUAUAAAUCUCAAACUUGAAUGCGGUACAUUUUUCAAAUAUGCACAUACAAAACAACUUCACCACAUUAUUAUAACUUCUUCGUAGGUGACAAUUGUACUGCAAAGAAGAUGGCUGUUCCUGCUGCAGCCGUUCUUUCUGAAACUGUUUCCGGUGUUCUGAAUAAAUGUUUCUCUACUGUUUACGGAGGGAACUCCACAUUUUCGAUUUUCCCGUUCGUUGCUGUCCUUAGGAUAAGAUUUACUCUCGCCUCUGACCGCUGCGGUAUAAUUUGCUACCCGGACUGUCCUGGAGACGACUCAGUGUGUUGCCGAGUAAAUGGAUUUUUUCUAAUCGUGUUUAGGGAACGUAUACAAGCCAGUGAAUAAAACAAUGCAAACUGACUUAUCUCUUCGAAAUACAUCCACGAAGAGAGGAAAUAGAUAUUUCGCGCAGUACAAUUUACUAACAGCUCAUAUAUUAAGAGCUAAAAUGCUGACUGUAUUUUAAAACCUAAAGGCAGAGUUAGAACACACAUUUGCGGCUAAAACGAACACUCAACUUUUCUAACUUCAAGAAAUAGAACAGGUUCUAACGGUAAAUGUUAAAUUUCUACUCCUUUCUUAAUUUCUGAUCCAUCACAUGAAUUUGGACAAUAUACUUAGGCCAGAAAUUUACGUAUGAGGCUGAAAGAUGGACAUUUCAAUUUUAAUUACAAAUAUCACUGAAAUAUUCCGUUCAGUCAGAAACUAUGAAAUGUGUGAGUAUAGGAAUACCCAGUUAGUUUUCGUUAGCUGUAUAGGUCUGCUCAACUGACAAUGUUGCCAAGGCACACAAGCCAAAGAGGCGUUAUGGUUCAUGUUUCGUUUCAGCAAUCGUCUUUAGUGAUGCAUUAGAAUGUUUCUAGCAAUGCGUUUGUAAAUACAUCGCAAUAAAUGUUGUCGAUUCUGAAGGCAAUCAAAGCGUCUAUCGGAUGUAGACAAAUCGACAACAGCAUCGUUUAAUGUGGCAAAUAAGCAAUAUACAGACUAUACUUUUGUCAUUUUUCUAGUCUCUGUUAUAGAUGUAAUUGAUUCCCACUUGAAGGGAAGACAGUUCAGUCUUCAUCGUGUAAGUUAUGUACAUUUUUAAGACUUGUUCUAGAAUCGUUGCUUCAUACUGUCCACGAGACGUGGUUUGGAAGUAACAGUACGAAGUUUUGUAUUUGUUUGUAACGCUAUUAUGUGAGUGUAUGAACUGUAUAUGCCAUUGCAAUAAAUAAAGAAA